AGUGUUCACAACCACUUCGGGUAAGUGCGGAGUGCUGUCGCAGAGAAUGUGACUAGCAGAGAAGGACGCAGCAGUCUGUGAACAGUUUAACCAUCCACACGUCGAAAAUAUGCACCAGCAGCAACCCCCCGCCCCACCUUCAAAGGAUUAAUGUGUGAAUGUUGGUGCUUUGAAAACCUCAGAUAAAUCUCUCAAGGCGCGGGGGACUUGGGAAAACAGCGGCAUUUGAUUCGUGUCUGUCAGCAUUUCUGCUUUCGGGAUAGAAAGGAACCAUUGGGUAGUGGGUCUGAUUGGACGGUGUGGAUGGUGAAACGUGAUUGUCAACUGAUGAGAAAACGAAAUCGUUUCACCCGAAUCGUCUCGACAAUCUGUGUACAUCAGCCUGCGUGAUAGCCAUUGAGCGAAAGAAACUGGUCGGGAGAGAGAGAGAGAGAGAGAGAGCAAGCUGUGGGAAUGCCAAGGAGCACUAUGACCCAGAGGAGGCGUUUGGUUCUGCGUUAAAACUCGAAGCUGAAGGACUGGUUCAGUUUGGUUAGACUCCGUCUUCCUGUGGGAGGGAUGUUAUAAAACAAUGUGAAGAUGCGGACCGGACACAUUCUCUCCAAGCCGCGCUCCCUCCUUAUGCCUUCCCAGCCCUGCACCUGAGCUGAGCUCGGGGGAACCACUCCGAAAAACCAGAGAAAACAUCGCCAAACGCCAAGAAACCUGAGCUUAAUGGAGCCUGGGCUUCGUCAGCAUCUGAGAUGAACAUUUCAGAUGAAGUCUAUUUAUCCUGAGGUGGCAAAAUAUUCUUUAUCUCGGUAACCUAAGUAAAACAGAACAGCCCAGACUGAAGAGUUAAGAGGUAACAAGUUAGUGGCAGCAACUGUUCUGAAUGAAGGAGUCAGCAAUGAUGAAUUUGAACAUGAAGAAGUUUAAAUCCUAACACAGGUUCCUGGGCUAUCCUGCAGCCGCAAAGUCUCAUUCAGAAAGACGAGGAGCUGCACACACUAGCGGUUGCAAACAGACUUAUUCCCGGCCGGUUGGCUGGGAGUGGGCAGGCAGCAUUCCCAGCGAAGCGGGACUGACCGCUGGGAGCUGCCCGAGUAAUGCACGUGUGGGCCGAGCGGCCGCUGGUUUGCCUUCCGGGGGAAGAGAAUGAACGAGUCCGCCGAGUGCCUGCCGCCAAACAGCGUGCAGCUGCAAGCCAACUCCAAGCAUGUCAACUGCAGCGCCAAAGUGAGUGCUCCCGGAGGGACUGGCAUCACAGCCUGGGGGGUGUCGGCCUCGGUUUUCCUGUGCCUCAUCACCCUGGCCACGGUGCUCUCCAAUGGGUUUGUCAUCGCCACCAUUUACCAAGCCCGCAAGCUGCACACUCCCGCCAAUAUCCUGAUCGCCUCGCUGGCUGUGACCGACCUGCUGGUCUCUAUCCUGGUCAUGCCCCUCAGUAUUGUCUACACUGUCAGCGGCACCUGGAGCCUCGGCCAGGUUGUGUGUGACAUCUGGCUGUCCUCCGACAUUACCUGCUGCACCGCCUCCAUCCUCCAUCUGUGCGUGAUCGCUUUGGACCGAUACUGGGCGAUCACCGACGCGGUGGGGUACUCGAUGAAGCGAACGCCUGAAAGAGCCGCUGUGAUGAUAGUCACUGUCUGGAUCAUCUCCAUCUGCAUCUCCAUCCCGCCUCUGUUCUGGAGGCAAGCCAAAGCCGGAGAGCUCAUGCACUGCGCUGUCAACACGGACCAGCUCUUCUACACCAUCUACUCAACUUUCGGCGCCUUCUACAUCCCCACGCUGCUGCUGAUCGCCCUAUACGGGCGGAUCUACGUGGAGGCCAGGUCCCGGAUCCUAAAGCAGGCGCCGAAGCAGAGCGGCAAGCGCCUGACCAAGGCUCAGCUGGUCACCCACUCGCCAGGAUCUUCUUCCCUGUCCUCCGUCAACUCCCGGGUGACCGAGUUACCCAGCGAGACCGCCUCCCCGGUUAACCCCAACCACGUCAAAGUCAAGGUUUCCGACAUGUUGCUGGAAAAGAAGCGGAUCUCGGCGGCCCGAGAGAGGAAAGCCACCAAAACCUUAGGGAUCAUCCUCGGCGCCUUCAUCGUGUGUUGGCUUCCGUUCUUUAUCAUCACCCUGGUCUUACCCAUCUGCAAGGAGGCGUGCUGGUUCCACCAGGCCAUCUUCGACUUCUUUAACUGGCUGGGCUAUCUCAAUUCCCUCGUCAACCCCAUCAUCUACACCAUGUCCAAUGAAGACUUUAAGCAGGCUUUCCAGAAACUCAUCCGCUGUCGGUGACUGUGCACCCUGAGCAUCUCCUUGGACAACUCCACCAUUCCCCCCCCCCCCAGUCCCCACCCCACGCCGUGUUGCCCCAACGCUACCAAGAGGGAUGUGUGCCAGCUCUUCGGGCAUCUCUCGGCACCUGCAAACGGGCACCCGCAGCGUUGCAUAUGGCACUUUAUCGAAAAAACAAAAGCGAAGAUGCGUCAAUCGGACCAGCGCGUCGCAGCUUUUCUUGAUCUCAGUCAGAUCAGUCGCGAUCAAAAGUUAAAGACAGAAACCCUUCCCGCCGCACUCACCAUGAGAGGAUACUGUAGUUAUUUUCGAGAGGGAUUUGAUGCUGUCUCUCACUUCAGUGAGGUGGAUAGCUGCGACAGUCUAGACCUGAAACUUGGGGUAUCUUGGACUAAGCUGAAGGCAGUUUCUGGGUCUGGCUGUGGAGAGACAUCGCCAGUUCCCCGCAGCCCCCAAAACUGCUACAUUUGGAAUAGCUUUGGCCGUGUUAGAGAUUGCGCCUCUUCAAAGCUUCGCCUUCUAUUUAUAACGGAAGUUUUAGUUGUUUGAACAGAAAGAAUUGAAGGCUAACAAAGGAUGUUGCAGCUUAGAAAUACUAUUCUAAUCAUUCAUUUUUUUCCCGUUUAUAUUGCUUUGAUCGCACAUGCCAACUGAGCCGGUUUUUUCCCCCAAUAUUUUGCAAUUAAAAUGCACAUCAUUGAAUGCCAGUGUAUGACAAAUUCUCGAUCCUAAACAAGCUUCAUAAAGCCGCCUGUAUUCUCAACGUGUUGUUGCUACUUGGUUACCUGUAGUUUCAAAUCAUGGAAAAAACGAAACCGAAUUCAACCACAGUAAUUUUUCCCCUGUCAGCACUGUGUUUUGAUGUGUUAUCUUCCAUAUUUAGAUGAAUGAUGUUAUUUGCAGGUUAAACUGACGAUCCAAAUAAAGGAAUGUUUAUUUUAAGACAAACGAAGCCGGUUAACGCUGCGUUUUUGAUAACACUCGGUUUAUAUUUCUGAUAAGCCAGUAUUGGUAAGCAAUGUUAAAACGAGAAAGACAGCUCCACAGAAGUUUUCGAAAUUGCGAACAAAAUCACAGACAAUCUCUUCACCAAGUUAAAAAUCACACAACACCAGGUUAUAGUCCAACAGGUUUAUUUGGAAGCACUAGCUUUGAGAGCUCCGCACCUUCAUCAAGAUCACUUCAGCGGUCCGGGACAUUCGGCCUCUGACCUUUGGCUGACCAUCCUCCAGGGCGGACUUCUGGACAAGCAACACCGCAGAGUGGCCGAGCUGAGAGCAAAGCUCGGUAUCCGUGGAAUGGCCUCAACCGGAACCCUGGGUUCAUGUCACACUACAGGUGACCCCACUGUACCAUACACACUCUCACACACACAUCCACACUCCUACAUAGACACACCCAGGCAGACCCUUUGUUAUACCCAAGUUCUCUCUCAUAUGCACACACAUAUACACCAUCCCUCCCCCCCCCCCACCCCACUGCACUCACACCCAUACACGCACUCUCUCAUAUGCACAUAUCCAGUCACACAGAGACACACGCAAACACUUAACCAAGCUUACACACGCACACACACAUUUACUGUACACACAGUCUAUCAGGUGCACUCACACCCGCAGGCACACACUCACAUGCACACUCGCUCUGCCAUUCCGUCAGGCACACACAUAUAGGUUUAUGGGGUGAAUUUGUUUUUGCAGAAUUACAUUUUAUGUUUCAAAAACUGCAUGAAGCCA